UGUAUGUGACUUGCAAACGUCAACUCCGGGUUUAUAGAGAUUUGGUCUCGAAAUAGGCUUGAGCGACUUGAGCUCGUUCACCCAAAGCAUGUGAGCCCUCCAAGCCACUGACUACCACAACAAGACGGCGGAUUUAAAUGUAGGCAAAACCCGAAUUAUGAAAUAUCCAUUACAACAGAAACGCCAUGCUACGAAAGACUCAAAACAUCACUAAACCGCAGGCGAUCGGUGCUCUGCGAUGAGGGAGACCAGAGCUUCUUGCCCUAUUCCCUGUUCGGACCCAUUUCCAUAUGCCCUCUUCACCCCUUGCCAUGGUUGCUUAUCGUCUCUGCAUCGCUUCCUCAGCCAAUUUUGCCCGGGCCGUCCAAGGAAGGGCGGCGAUUGGUGCGGAUUGGACCAAACUGCUGUCCGUCCGCCCCAUGUCUAACGGACGAGCGACAGGAAGGACAAACCCACAGUGCGGUGCUCUGGUGACAGCCCGCGCUCUUCUUGUAGGGCUCAGCCGAUCUGUCACGCACACGAGGAGUCGAUGCGUAACAAAGACAAUACUUGCCAUCCCGAUGAGACUUUAUCAUUCAGACACUCUUCCUGGUACUCUGAUUCCUCUGUACUCUAAGUCCAAGAUGCGAGGGCUGACCAGCCUGGACUGGGGCGUCGUUUGCGAGUUUUUUUGUGACCGUCGUACCAUUGCUGCUUUGUGGGUUGGCAACAUCUGCAGCUACGCCUGCCAAUGCCAAUGAUUGCGCGUCGUUGGCGGACGUUGAGCUGGACCGCGUAUGGCGCUGAGCCGGUGAGGAUGGUGGCAGGUAUG